CAAAGAUUAUCAACAAAGAAAUACAGCUAAGCCCAAAACACUGUUCCUUCUUCCUCUGUGUUUGUUUCAUUUUUUUCGAUUUCCGUGUCAAGCAAGCAUCCAUUACCCACACUCCCCAAACAUUUCUUAACCCAUGGCCAAAAACCAAACCCCAACCCCAACUCCACUUAUCAAUAAAUCCCCAAUUUUUCAUUUCUUUUCGUUUCAAUUCGCCUCUUGAUUAAUUGAAUAAACCUUUGCGUGCCUCCUGCUAAUCUUCUAACAUUAUUUUUUUUUUCUUAAUUUUUUGCUUUUUCUGCAUCUGGGAUCUUCCUUGAUGUGUUGAGUUUUUGUGGGAUCGUCGUCUAGGUUUUUUUUAUUAGUUUUUUUAAAAUUUUAUUAAUUUGUGCGGAAAUGGGACAUGAGGUGGCGGCGGCGGCCGGUGGGGGCACGGUGGCGGCGGCGGCGACUUGUCUGGCACCUGGGUUUAGGUUUCAUCCGACUGAUGAGGAACUGGUUAGGUAUUAUUUGAGGAGGAAAGCUUGUCGGAAGCCGUUUCGAUUUGAAGCUGUUUCUGAAAUUGACGUCUACAAAUCUGAGCCAUGGGAGAUUGCUGAGUACUCGUCUACGAAGAGUAGAGACCUAGAAUGGUACUUUUUCAGCCCCGUGGAUCGAAAAUACGGAAACGGGUCCCGCCUGAAUCGAGCCACCGGACAAGGGUACUGGAAAGCCACCGGAAAAGAUAGAUACGUUCGCCAUAAAGACCAAACUAUAGGAAUGAAGAAAACCCUCGUUUUCCACAGCGGUCGAGCGCCAGAUGGCAAGAGAACAAAUUGGGUUAUGCACGAGUAUAGGCUCUGCGAUUCCGAAUUGGAAAUGGCUGGUGUUUCACAGGAGGCAUUUGUGCUGUGUAGAAUCUUCCAGAAGAGUGGGCUAGGACCGCCUAAUGGGAACCGGUAUGCCCCUUUCGUCGAAGAGGAAUGGGACGAUGAUGAUGAUAUGGCGCUUGUGGUCCCCGGUGGAGAACCUGAUGAUGAUGUGGCGAACGGAGAUGAAGCACGAGUUCUCGAUCAGGAAACUCAGCCUCUCCGCAUAGCAAUGGGGCCCGCCACCACAACCAUUCCUUUCACAUGCAAACGCGAGAGGUCGGACGGUCCGGAUCCGCUAACCCUAUCCCCAACAAAGCGGUCGAAACUCGAGGAUCCAAUCUCAAACGGGUCGGAAGAUUCCACCACCACAAGCCAAGAUCCUCCUCCGGCCACAACAUUGAAUAUGAUGAUGACGAAAAAAGUUGUUUCUUUGGAAUUUCCCUUAUUUGAGGAACCGCCCAAUGAGAACAACAAGUUCGACUCUUCGAAUCUCGAGAAGUCGGUCCCACCUGGGUAUUUAAAAUUUAUUAAUAAUUUGGAGAAGGAAAUGAUGAAUGUUUCGAUGGACAGGGAGAGUUUGAAGAUUGAAGUGAUGAGAGCUCAAGCCAUUAUCAACUAUCUUCAAUCUCGUGUUGACUUGUUGACCAGAGAAAACGAGGAUUUGAGAAAACGUGUUUAGGGCGGGAGAUGAGUAUUUAAAUAAUGUAGUUUUUAGUGUUGGUAAGGAGGGUGAAUUCGUCGAGUAUGCCUUUUUUUUUUUUUUUUGUCGAAUCGACAUUUUUUUGGUUCGAAUUGAAGUUUGACAAUUUUCUAAAUUUCUUAUGGUGGUGCACUCCAAGAAUGGAAUAUUAUCGAUCAUGGUUAUCGAAUCGGAAAA